AUGUCGUGGCGAAGGUUCUUAGAAGCCGAAAGGUAUAUUCAUAUCUUCCCAAACGUGAUUAAUUGGAGAGAUUCUGCAGUCGAAGAAUCAUUCCACAAUGCCAAGAAACGCUUUUGGACAAACACAAAUGGGUUGCCUUGCGAAAUAAUAUCACUUCCUGAUCCGGACAUGUAUAAUGAUGUAAUCGACUGGAACAACAACGAUGAUGUUGAUCCCGAACUCAUUUUGGAUUUAGACCGUGAAUUUGUGGUGCCAGAUGAUCAAGAAGGUGGUGUAAUUAUUGGUCUACAUGAUCUUUAUGCUGGUUACUCCAUUGGUUGGGGUGAUUUGGACGACGACAUUCCAGACGCAGAAAUUGACGUUGUUGAGCCCUUACCUCCAACCGGAUGGGGCCAGUGUUCGAACGAGCCCAUACACGCGACUGGGUGGGGCGAGGGUUUCGACGAUCCCGUGACCGUGACUGGGUGGGGCGACGAUUUCAACGUGCCCGUACCUGCAACUGGGUGGAGCGACGGUUUUAACGAGCCCUUACCCGCAGUUGGGUGGGGCGAUUCGUACAAACACAUAGUCCCAACUGGGUGGGGCGACGAUAAUAACUAUGAAUUGAAAAAAUAUUGUGUUCCGAACAACAAUAGGCACUCAAAAUACAACCUCGAGGUUUAA